AUGGAGCAGAUACUGGCUGAGGCCGCUCAAUCAGGAGACAUAAACGCCUUAUAUGAUUUACUCCGGCAGGAUCCAACCCUUCUGGAUAAAUAUGAUGAGCCAUCAUUUGUGGAUACGCCUGCACACAUAGCAGCAGCUGCUGGCUCCACCCACUUUGCCAUUGAAGUCCUAAGCUUAAAGCCCUCUUUCAGCACGAAGCUCAACCCGGACGGGUAUAGUCCACUGGACUUGGCACUGAGACAUGGAAAAACCCAAACAGUUAAACGGCUCAUUAAGCACGAUCCUCAGUUCAUUCGCGUCAAAGGAAGAGAGAGGUUCACGCCAUUGCACUAUGUAGCUGAAGUGGGUGACGCUGAGCUUUUGGCUGAAUUUCUAGAGGCAUGCCCGGAGUCCACUCAAGAUUUGACUAUUCGUGGAGAAACGGCUGUUCAUAUUGCUGCGAGAAAUAUGAAUGUCAGAGCUUUACAGGUGCUCUUGAGUUGGGUCAAGAGAAAUAAUAAGGAACGCAUCUUGAACUGGACAGAUGAGAAUGGAGAUACUGCCUUGCAUAUUGCAGCCUCUAGAAACAACUUUGAGAAGCAAAGUACAUUAGCUUAA